CCGGCCAGAAACCAUGAUACCGGAGAGAUUGCUCCCGAUAUGGACAAAAUAGGCUCAUUCACUGAUGAUCCCUUCAGACCGAUUGUCGGCGGCCCUUCAAAACGCGGCGGAAUAGUCGACCUGAGCAGAAUAAGUGUACUGUAUGCUGGCGGACAUCCAAUGCUGCCGUUAUUGGUGGAACACGACAAGCCUCUGUUCGUUGCUACCAAUGCCACUCUUUCGGGCUGCAUACAAAACCUUCACAUAAACGGACGCCUGUUGGAUCCUCGAAGAACAGCUCUACUCGGCAGUGCCAUUGAUGGAUACGGAAUCGGUAAGGCGGAUUGGUACGGUUUGAUAUAA